CGCCCCGUUUUAAACCAAUGGUCACGCUGCGUGAGUCACGGGAAGCUGGAGGCUCUCAACUGCAGCACUCAAUGACUUGCAGUGUAUGCGUGUUCUCACCACACUGCAGUCGACUGCUUAAUAAAUAAUGCCUGGAUCCGCCAUGAACGGCAUUUCCAAGCCAGAGCCGAUCGGAUAUAUCACCCGGGUUCAGUGCUUCAGUGCGUGCCACCGCCUGCACAGCGUUCAUUUAUCCGAUGAAGAUAAUAUUAAGGUCUACGGGAAAUGCAACAAUCCUCAUGGCCAUGGGCAUAACUACAAAGUGGAGAUAACAGUGCGUGGAAAGAUUGAUCAUAUCACUGGCAUGGUAAUGAACCUGACGGACUUGAAGAGAUGUAUAGAGGAAGUCAUCAUGAUUCCACUUGAUCAUAAGAACUUGGAUAAGGACGUCCCAUAUUUUGCCAAUAUUGCCAGCACAACUGAAAACCUGGCUGUUUACAUAUGGACCAACAUGGCGAAGGCCAUUGCACCGAACAUUCUCUAUGAAAUUAAAAUUCAUGAGACAGAUAAGAAUACUGUCGUAUAUAGAGGAGAGUAGAUGUUACCGUGUACACUAACUGGUGCCGUUUAGAGAUACUUGUGAUGUUUGCCUCCUGUGACCUCAAAAUAAGUUUUAGACACGUGUGUCUUACAAGGCUGUUACUAUUUUUAGCUUAGUAUAGUUAUGUUCCUUUUGUACCAAAUGUAUUUGCAGUUUUGUUUUGGGAUUAACAGCCAUCUCGUUUUUGAGAUGGUCAAAAUAAUUUAAAGAGGUGUUCAAUGUUAUUUGUCCUUGAAAAUACAUUUGGAAUCAAUGA